CCGGAUGUUGAGCUCAUUAGCUGUCAAACAGACUCCGAGCAUGUUCCAAAAUGUCCAUGAAGACACCAAGCUUGGGGCGUCCUGAUUGGCGACAUGAGACAACUUGUGUCCUUCUUCAUCAGCCUUUCUCUGCUGGCAGCCCUUGUGCAGUCCCAGGACCCGGUCCAGAUCCAGUUCCAGGCUGACCCCGUUCUGGUCCUUACCGGCACUGGGAUCCAGUUCACGGUGCUGACCGUUCCUGAUGUGCUGUCCAUGACCUGGCGCUACGAGGGGGUCAUCUUGGGUCUGUGGGUCGGGGGGUCGUCCACCAUCAAUGCGGUGCCGCAGUUCAGCGGCCGGGUCACCAUCACGGCCACACAGCUGCGGAUCGGAAGCGCCCAGCUGGUGGACUCAGGGGAGUACACGGUGGAGGUGGUCCCUCUGGCCUCCACGGGGCUGACUGAAAACUCCAGAUCGGUUCUACUGAGGGUUUUUGAGGCGGUGUCGGGGGUGACUCUCUCUGUGCCGUCGGUGGCGGUGGAGGGGGGGAACAUCACGCUGACGUGCACCUCUGGCGGCACAGAGCUCAGCUUCCAGUGGGGGAAAGACAGCGCCGCCCUCACGGAAGACUCCAGGAUCACCAUCGCUGACGGCACAUUGGCCAUCAACCCGGGGCAACGCGGCGAUGCCGGCGACUACACGUGCACCGUCAGCAACCCGCUCAGCGCCCUCACUGCCACGCAGAGUCUCACCGUCUUCUUUGGACCUGACACGCCUGUCCUCACCAAGGACGCCCCCAAGGACUGCGUGGGAAGCGCCGAUGUCCUGGCGGGCCAGGUCCUGCGUCUCACCUGCACGUCCGACUCCCUGCCCCCGGCCCUCUUUACGUGGCAACGUGAUGGCGAGCCGGUGGUGCCGGCUCAGCCCGACAGCGGCGUGCUCAGCGUCCAGACCUCCUCCACCGACGACAGCGGGCGCUUCACCUGCAUGGCCAGGAACGAGGUCACGGGUGCCACAUCGGAGCAGGCGACAGACGUGUCCGUGGAAAACACGUGUCUGGACGUAGGCGAAGUGGUCGGGAUCGUGAUUGGCAGUUUCCUGUUGCUCCUCAUCCUGGUGCUGCUCAUCGUCUUGCUGGUGUGUCUCCUGCUAAGGAGGCGGGCACGACAAAGGCGAGUGAGAGAAGCAGUGGCGGUGCAGAAGAACCACACCAAUUCCCGACCUCCACUUCAUUUGUCACCUGUCGCCACUCAGCCUCCAGAUGUACCAGCUAAUGGCGCAAGGGAUCUGGGCCAAGGUCCCGACCCCCCCGUCUUUCAGUCAAGCUCACACGCCCGCCGCCCGCAGCUCCAAACAGGAAGCGACCUGCGGGCGUUGCAGCUGAACGGCAUACAAACCACCAGCGACACACACCGGCCAACGCACAACGGUGUCGACAACCCAGCUUUCACGCACGACGACCCGCACCCGACCAAUCCCAACAUCCUCAUCCAGACAGGCACUGCUCAAAGCGGUGGGCAGCCGGCGGCGGUCCAGCUCAGCCUCAACGCACUGCCGCAAGGCGGCCAGCAGAACAGCAGCAACGCACAGAUUCCCACCAUCCACCUCAACCUUAACGCCUUCCCUGCUGGCAGCCAACACACCCAGCAGGAAGUCGCCAGGAUCAGUAAUCAUAAUCCAUAUCUGAUAGGCACGGCGCCACAAGGUGGGCCUGUCUAUCCGGGUCCAGCCGGGCUCAACAGCAACAUAGCCACAAGUCAGCAAACCGGGUUCAUCCCAACCGCAAUCACUUCCACACGCACCGCUCAGUGCAACGCAAACACGCAAACCUACCAGCAGGAGGCGGAGCUCCACACUAGCCCAUCCCACCGCCAGAUGCCAUGGGAUCGUUUGCGAGGAACGCCAGCGUAUCCCCACAGGACGCUUCCAAGAGUGCAAAGCCCAGACAGCACAGACGACACCAGCCACCAGCCUUUGCAGCAAACACCCCUGAGAGGUGGGAAUCCAUUCAGGGAAGAUGCACCCCCAACGGGGGGCCAACCAAGGACAAGGAGCCACUCGGCAGAUGUUUGGGACACGCGCACCCUCAGAUUGCCGCAGCUUGAGCCCAACAGCCACUCCCAUAGAAGCCCCCCCAUGCAGAGGGAGAGGGCCCGGCAGGACUUGAGGUUUCCACCCGGUGCCCGACCUGCCUCCAACCAGGAGGGGACACCGAGCACCAAUCCUUUUGUGAGGCAGCCCGCAGGAGACCCAUUGGGUGCAGAUACCAGAGCUAUGGCCGACCCCAACCACCUCCUGCAACCCGGGGUGGCUGUAGUCCAAACGCGACAAGGUCGGAGCGCUCAAACACACGGUGCCGGCCAACCUCGCCAAGCAGCCAGCGCUCCGAUCCCGAGCCAGCCUCAACCGAGCGCCCUCACCCAGGCGGCACUGAAAGUCCACACUGAGAGGGCGCAGACCUUCCAGAACCGGAGACAACAAACCCAAGCUGCCUUGCUUCACCCUGGAACGCAGACCCAAGCCCCCGCUGCUGCUGCCGCCCCUGGGGGCCCACUUCCGCCAACCCCUCCGCCCGUUAUUCCGCUCAGCCGCUUCCAGAGUCUCCCCAUGACCCGUCACAGAUCCUCCCCAACGCGGGGCCACCAUCAGCAGCCUCAGCGACGACCGCAGCACCGACCCGGACACCACCACCCUGCAAAUGUGGCGGUACACGCCCACGCACGAGGACGCGCCGCCCAACCACGCCAGGCUCAUCGAGGGGCACCGAGGUGACGGCAGACGUCUUCGCCUGACACAAGGUUUGUUCCACGCGGAGGCUGAAAGUCACGUGAUGAAGAAGGCCGUGGAUGCUUUCAUGCACUUCCUGGAAGCUCAGCAACAUACGCCAAUGAACGAGAAGAAUCAUCAAUAAGCCGUUUUGUGUCUUUUCCCAGUGACUUUCUUCUGUUUUCUGAUUGGCUCACAUGAGCUGGCAGUGGUUAGAGCGCCACCUGCUGCUCUACGGCCAGCAUACGUGGCUUUUCGCUGUUUGUUUGACUUUUCACUAAAUAGUGAAGCAUUUUUAUUAAGUAUGCCCGUAAUUCAUCAUUUACCGUUUUCUGCCUUUUCUAGAAAUGACUAACUUCUUCCUGUUAGCUAAUAUGGUGUGGUAGCGCCACCUGUUGGUGGUAGCGCCACCUGUUGGUGAUAAUGCCACCUGUGGCACCCGUUGGCGGUAGCACCACCUGCAAAGCUUGCUUUGGGCUUGUGUGUCUGAUGCUGAAGUGCUUUUAGGAAGGUUUUACUCACAUUUGAUUCUCAUUUUCUUUAAUUUGCUGCUUUUCUGCCUUUUCCUGAGAUAACUUUCUUCAUGCUUGUGAUUGGCUGAAAUGGGUCACUGGGGACUGCAGCACGCAUCUGUUGCUUUGGCCUGCGCUUUUCCAGAGAUGAGCUGCUUCGUAAGGACACGAGUGCACCGAAAGGGCAGAUAAGAAGAUGGACUGCAGGUGGGAAUAUUUGAAUAUUCUUGCGACACUCGUCAGUGAAGCUGCGCUGCUGGGCUAACUUCUGAAAGGAUCCAAGUCCUUCAUGAAAGCUUUUUACUGGAUGUGAGUGAGUUGGAAGGGAGUGGCCGUCGUGCACCCGGAGCUGAGCUGCUGGAAAAGAAAAAAACUAUUUCUUGUGUCGGCACUAAAAUGUCAAUAUUCCUCGCAAUCCUUUUUUUUUUUUAGACUAACUUUUCGGAUAUGUCUCCAUGUUUUUAACGCCAAAGAUGACAACUCAUGCAAUCAGUCUACUUUUUAUAAGCCAAUGUUUACAUCCUGAUUUGAAAUGCAACCCAGGCCAACAUGCCUUACGUGGCUUAUUAUUCUUUUCUUAUAUUUGUUACAUCUUAUUAGAGGAAAAGCUCAUUUUACCUUUUAUUUGUUUGGAGUUUAUGCCUAAAAAAGCUUUCCUGAAGGAAAAGUUUGUUUGCAAGACUAAAACAACGAGAAUGAAAGUUGCAUCUUAAUUAGAAGAUGCUAAUGUUGUCAUAUCCUAUUAUCAUUGAAAUCAAGUUAGCAAACAGGCUAAAGUAAGAAUGCUGUUUAAUGAUUUUUAUUUAUUUAUGAAAAUGAAGUUAACAUUUUUCAAGAAAAAAAUGUUUUUUGUUUUUUUUGUUGCACUAAUACAAUUAUUAUUAAUACCCCAAAACAAAUAUCAAGCCUAUAUUAAAAACUAAUUUGACAAAAAAAUGUAAAGACUUUUUUUUUUUUUACAAAGAAUUAAAUCAUAAAUAAAUUAUAAAUUGAUACUUUUUUUUACCGAUAACGUAUUAAAUUAGAAAUGUAAAGUAAUCCUUUUUUGAUAAAUGAAUACUUUUUUUGAACCAAGAAUGAGCUGAUUCCAUUCUAAAUGAAUGCUCCUGGCGGCCAUGAGUGGAAUGAGGGAAUGUGUAGCACACGUACGCACAGCAUUUACACAACCCCGCAAGUCAUGUGACAUGUGUGUGUUAGGCAACAGUCAUCUCUUUGAAGCGAAGAAGAGAACAACCUUGUGUGUUUUCGUCUCUACAAACACGCACGUCCUCAGCGUUGUGCGUCCUGAGUCGCUGCUUGACGUUUGUGCGUCGCUGCGUGCCGUGGAUAGCCUUGAAGGUAGAAGUGCUCCCACGCGGGCACACCUGUGACGAACGCCUCCUCCCUCUCGUCUUCUUCAAUGAGGAGGAGGUGGAGUGCGUCAGGAGAGGCGAGGGCGCUUCCAGUGGUGAUUUGUGUCAAGUUUUUGGCUGUGUGAUUUGCAAAGGUGCUGCUUUGCACGCAGUUAAGUGUCUUGUUUACGUGACAAGACAAACGCUGGCGUUGUUGUAUUUGCAUUUAAAUGUGCAGGAUGAGGAUUGAGUACGGCCAAGAGCCCUGUUGGUGCAUCUCUUUGGUGCAGGCCUAAAUUCUACUUCAAACUUUGUAUUGAUGGAUGCUCAUUUUGUGUGUGUGUGUGUGUGUGUGUGUGUGCGCGCGCGCGCGUGUGCGCGAAUGCAGCCUUGACUUGACUUCCAAAGUCAGUCGUCAUCCAGCUUUGCCUCGGCAGUGGUAAAUGUUUAUGCACUUGGAUUCUUUCAUGUUGUACUUGAUGCACGCUAGCACAUCACAGCACGUCCAAGGAGGAAGUUUGGGAAUCCUGACUGACACGUCAGUCAUCAUCAUCCCUGCAACUUUGAUUUUCAAAGCGUUGGCAAGCAUCAUGCUGACAAUGUUGUUAUUUGAAAGAUCAAUCUUUUCUUUGGAUUAUAAUUAAAAGA